UUCGGGCAUGGGGCAUUAAAGUAAUUGUACUGUUCUUUGUUUUUCGGGGGGUGAAUCCACAGUAAAUAUGUCUAUAUAUCCUGAAAAAACUUCAACUCCGAUUUGAGAGGUCGCUACCGGAAGGACGUACCCAAUACAGAUGAUGAAAGCCACGAUGGUACAACGAGCGGUGGAAGGCCUAACGUUAUUUGCGGCCAGAAUACUAAACACGGUGGUGGUGGUGCUGGUGAAGAUGCACAGCACAUGGUCUCCGUCGUCGUCUGCGGCGGCGGAGGACGAUGAUGAUGAUAAUGAUACUGGGUACGGUCUGAGCUGGAGGUUAGCUGUGGAAGCAAACAAUGUGGGUCCAUGGCAAACAGUGCCGGCAAGAUGCUACAGACACGUUCAGAAGUACAUCAUGGAAGGACAGUACCAGAAUGAUGUCCAACUCAUCGCCGACCAGAUUCUCAAUUACGCCCGCGAAAUCCCUCUCUCCUCCGACGGCUUCGACGCCUGGGUUUUCGACGUCGACGACACCUGCAUCUCCAACAUCAACUAUUACAAAACUCUCAGAUUUGGGUGUGACGCAUUCGAUAAGGUGAAGUUCAAGGAGUGGAUAACGAAGGGAGCAUGCCCUGCGAUCCCAUCCGUCUUGAAAGUGUUCAACACAUUGACAGAGAAAGGCUUCAAAGUGUUCUUGCUCACUGGUAGAGACCAAGCCAUUCUCGGCAACAUCACUACCCGCAACUUGCAUUCCCAAGGCUUCACUGCUUACUACCGUCUCAUUUUGAGGCAAGGAGAAUACAAAGGAGAGAGUGUAUCGAAGUACAAAUCAGAGAAGCGAAAGGAGAUAGAAAGAGAAGGAUAUAGAAUAUGGGGGAAUGUAGGAGAUCAAUGGAGCGAUCUUCAAGGUUACUCUUUAGGGAAUCGUACUUUUAAGCUUCCUAAUCCGAUGUAUUUCAUCGCUUAAUUAAUAUUACUUACACAGUACUCUAAUUAAUCUCUAGUUAUACCAAUUAACAACAUCCAUUAGAUGCUAGCUAA